AGUCCCGGUCUCUGGAGGGGUUAGCUCACCCGUGUCCCCUGACUUUUUAAGGCUUCAUCUCAGAAGGAACCAGGGACGCUCCCCCCAUUUCUCCGUCCUUCCACCUCUGUCCCUUUAUCUCUUUGUUUCCUCAUCUGUGUCCCCACCUUCCCGUGUCUCCCUGCCCCCUCCCCCUUCGGUGUCUGCCACCGCAUCUCCUCCCCAGCCUGCUUGGGCUGCGGCCCAGCCGCCCUGCCUGGCCGUCCUCCCUGGCUCCCCCGCUGCGGCUCGGAGCUGGCCCCGCCCCCUGCCCCCCCUCGGCCAGGCCUCUGAUCCGCCUGUGGACACAGAGGUCGGGCGCCCGGCACAAGGCCCCCGGGGCCCAGGACGCAUCACUGCCCCUCAGCACCCACAGAGGCCUCCCCGCGGCCCUAGCAGAGGAUCCCCCAGCGGAGGGCAUGGGGGUGGGCUGCCCCACCAGGUUCGGGGCGCCCGCCCCCCACUAGGCCAAGUGGAGGGGGUGACCCCGCCCAAUGGGCCUGGCCAGGGCCCUGCGCCGCCUUAGCGGCGCCCUGGAGCCAGGGGAGGGCCGCGCCGGCGAUGAGGAGGAGGCCGGGCCGGGGCUGUGCCGCAACGGGUGGGCGCCGUCCCCGGCGGGGCGGCGCCGCGGGCGCUUCGUCAAGAAGGACGGGCACUGCAACGUGCGCUUCGUGAACCUGGGCGGCCAGGGCGCGCGCUACCUGAGCGACCUGUUCACCACGUGCGUGGACGUGCGCUGGCGCUGGAUGUGCCUGCUCUUCUCCUGCUCCUUCCUCGCCUCCUGGCUGCUCUUCGGCCUGGCCUUCUGGCUCAUCGCCUCGCUGCACGGCGACCUGGCCGCGCCGCCGCCGCCGGCGCCCUGCUUCUCGCAGGUGGCCAGCUUCCUGGCCGCCUUCCUCUUCGCGCUCGAGACGCAGACGUCCAUCGGCUAUGGCGUGCGCAGCGUCACCGAGGAGUGCCCGGCCGCCGUGGCCGCCGUGGUGCUGCAGUGCAUCGCCGGCUGCGUGCUCGACGCCUUCGUCGUGGGCGCCAUCAUGGCCAAGAUGGCCAAGCCCAAGAAGCGCAACGAGACGCUCGUGUUCAGCGAGAACGCCGUCGUGGCGCUGCGCGAUCGCCGCCUCUGCCUCAUGUGGCGCGUCGGCAACCUCCGCCGCAGCCACCUGGUCGAGGCCCACGUGCGGGCUCAGUUGCUGCAGCCUCGUGUGACCCCGGAGGGUGAGUACAUACCACUGGAUCAUCAGGAUGUGGACGUGGGCUUUGAUGGUGGCACCGAUCGAAUCUUCCUUGUGUCUCCCAUCACCAUCGUGCACGAGAUCGACUCUGCCAGUCCUCUGUAUGAACUAGGACGUGCUGAGCUGGCCCGAGCUGACUUUGAGCUGGUGGUCAUUCUCGAAGGCAUGGUGGAGGCCACGGCCAUGACCACACAGUGUCGCUCCUCCUACCUCCCUGGUGAGCUGCUCUGGGGCCAUCGUUUUGAGCCAGUCCUCUUCCAGCGUGGCUCCCAGUACGAGGUUGACUAUCGCCACUUCCACCGCACUUAUGAGGUCCCAGGGACACCGGUCUGCAGCGCCAAGGAGUUGGAUGAACAGGCAGAGCGGGCUUCCCACAGCCCCAAGUCUAGUUUCCCUGGCUCUCUGGCUGCAUUUUGUUAUGAGAAUGAACUUGCACUGAGCUGCUGCCAGGAGGAAGAGGAGGAAGAGGAGGCCAAGGAGGGAGAUGGGGUGGAGGCAGAAGAUGGGACUGCGAGCCCCCAAGUACUCACACCAACCCUGGCACUGACCCUGCCCCCAUGACGCCCAGCUGGUGUCUCCCUAUUUGUACCCCCUUCCCAGAGAUAGCAAGAUGGAGAGUUAGGGCCCUCUCCUGGGAUGGGGGCAGGCGUUUCCCAAGCCCGACAGGCCUGCUGGGUAAAUUAUUAGCUGGUGAAGUUCUGCCAUGCCUAGUGGACCCACCACAGACACACUGGAUCUUAAUUCCUCUGCGGUCCAUGCUCCCUCCCAAGACCCCUUUAUCAGCCUGAUUCCUGAGUCUCCCCAGAGCUGAGGGAUCCAGAAUUCUGGACCACCCAAGAGGCAAGGACUGGUGGUUCUAGAUUCCUCUAACGUGGCUGGGUGGGUUUGUCGAGCAGGGUUAGGAAUCAGUGGUAUAUACUGUCUCCAGGGACAGCAACAGAGAUUAAGAGUUUGCAGGUCUGGGUUGACCUAAGAUUCAAGGGACUGUUGCUUCUCGACUCAGCUAACCAAGUAGCAAAUCAUUUUUUUCUAGACCACGUAAGGAGGGAGGGUUAUGGAAUGCCCCAAGAAUUCAAGACUAUCUUUAUUAACCAAUGACAAAGAUUGUUGACUGCAGGUCAAGAAAAGACCUUGUGGUUCCAGAAGACCCAAGAGUUAAGAUUCUGUGAAUCUAGAUUGACCACAGAGGCAAGCACUGGUGGUUCUAGAACACAUUGAAGCUAGAGUGUUGAGCUACUGAGGAAAUGAAAUAGUCAUGUUUCUAGAAUGCACAAAACAGAAGAGUGUCUUUGGGUCUGGAAGGGCGACAGUGACAGCUUGGGAGUUCUUGAUAUUAGAUACCUCCAGACCACUGGCUGUAGAACAUCAAAACAAAGGGAUAAUCAGUACUUCCUUAUGAUCCAUGGGGUUUGUUUUUUGUUUUUUUUUUUAAGUGCCAUUCUAGAAUGUCCAAAGGAAUCAGGAUUCUGUGGCUCUAGAUUGAUCACAGAGUCAAGGAAGGAGUGGAGAUGCUAGAUGGCUGAGAUUUGCCGGUUCCGGUUUGCCCAAUGGAGUUGAGAAUCUCGAUGAUUCUUUGUGGUUCUGUAAUGCCAAAAGGAAUCAAGGCUCCAGGGAUCAAGGGUUGUCCAUUAUUAAAACCUGGGAAGUCUAAUCAGCUCCUAGAACUUGGCAGUUCUAGGGAGGUGGACUUGGGACUUGAUCGACAGCAUUUCUGGGCUGACCUAGAAAGGGAGGGCCCACGCAAGACCCUGUGGAUAACAGGGCUGGUUGUUGGGCAAGGGAAGGAGAGGCCCAAGGCUGAUGAGUCUAUGAUGCUCUGGAAUCCUACACCUAGCAAUGUGUCUCUUUCUUAAAGAUGUUAUACAUAUGUGUAUUAUAUAUAUAUAUGAUAUAAAUACA